AUGCGACCCAGGGGGCCUGGAGCAUCUGCAGAAGAUGGUCUCUCUGCUGUUCCUGGCGACAUCACUCCCGCAGUGCGUCCUCACCGGCUGCUUGCGCUGAGGAGCAGCAUCUACUCCUUCGUCACCAGCGCUCGUGCCCGCACCAAGUUUUACACGGACCCCGUGGAGGCCGUGAAGGACAUCGCCGAUGGAACGAAGAUCAUGGUCGGCGGCUUUGGGGUCUGUGGGAUUCCCGAGAACCUAAUAGGGGCGCUGCUCAAGACCCGCGUGAGGAACUUGACCGUGGUCAGCAGCAACGUGGGCAUGGACAACUUUGGGCUGGGCCUUUUACUGGGGACCAAGCAGAUCACCCGCAUCAUCUGCUCCUACGUGGGCGAGAACCUGCUCUGUGAGCAGCAGUUCUUGGCGGGAGAGCUGGAACUGGAGAUGACGCCCCAGGGCACCCUGGCCGAGCGCAUCCGCGCCGGCAGGGCGGGGGUGCCGGCCUUCUACACGCCCACGGCCUACGGGACCCUGGUCCAGGAAGGAGGCGCCCCCAUCAGGUACGACCAUGACGGCCACAUCGCCAUCAUGAGUCAGCCCAGAGAGGUGAGGGAGUUUCACGGGCAGCACUAUCUCUUGGAGCGCGCCAUCACGGCGGAUUUUGCUUUGGUGAAAGGGUGGAAGGCCGACCGUGCGGGGAACGUCAUCUUCAGGAAGAGCGCCAGGAAUUUCAACGUGCCCAUGUGCAAAGCUGCGGAAAUCUCAGUGGUGGAGGUUGAAGAAAUCGUGGAUGUGGGGUCGUUUGCCCCAGAAGACAUUCAUGUUCCUCACAUUUAUGUAGAUCGUGUGAUCCAGGGGAAGAAGUAUAAGAAAGUAAUUGAGCACUUAACAAUCCGGAAAGAGGAAGAUGAAAAACCCAAGUCUUCAGAUGACAUAAGAACACGAAUCAUCAAACGGGCAGCUCUGGAAUUUGAGGAUGGCAUGUACGCCAACUUGGGCAUAGGAAUCCCCCUUCUGGCCAGCAACUACAUCAGCCCCAAUUUAACUGUUCACCUUCACAGCGAAAACGGAAUCCUGGGCCUGGGUCCGUUCCCACUGACAGAGGACGAGGCCGAUGCAGAUCUCAUCAACGCGGGCAAGCAAACAGUCACCAUUCUUCCCGGGGGCUGCUUCUUCUCCAGCGACGACUCGUUUGCCAUGAUCCGAGGGGGACACCUCCACCUGACCAUGCUGGGAGCCAUGCAGGUCUCCAGGUACGGUGACCUGGCCAACUGGAUGAUCCCCGGGAAGAAGGUGAAGGGGAUGGGGGGUGCGAUGGAUCUGGUGUCCAGCGUCAAGACCAGAGUGGUGGUCACCAUGGAGCACUGCAACAAGGCCAAGGAGCCCAAGAUCCUGGAGAAGUGCACGAUGCCCCUGACUGGGAAGCGGUGCGUGGACCGAAUCAUCACGGAAAAGGCCGUGUUCGACGUGCACAAGAAGAAAGGCCUGAUGCUGGUUGAGCUCUGGGAAGGCCUGACCGUGGAGGACAUCCGAAAGAGCACCGGGAGCACCUUCGCCGUCUCGCCCGACGUCAGGCCCAUGCAGCAGGUGGCACCCUGA